GUCUGUCGAGAAAUUAGGUGGCAUCUCGAUUUUGAUUUUUUUUCUCAUUUUCCACGAUUUGUUCGUUUCUGUGCCGCUGUGUUCGAAUUUUCCUUGAUAUUUUUGUGUAAUUCCUCGAUUUGUUUGUGAUUUUUAUCAGGAAUCAAGAUGUCGGUGGAAGAUUUUGAUUCUUCCAUGUCUUCAGUAUUGGCAUUUGACGAUCUUAUCGAUUCAUCUGGUUAUACGGAUUGGGAGGACGAUGAUCACCUUGAUUCGUCCAGCUCUUACAGUUCAAUGCUGUAUGAUAAUUGUACAGGGUUAUCUCCACCAUCAUGGAGUGACCUAUAUGAUGAAUUUAGUGACUUAACUAGUUAUAUGAAUGGGAGGGAUGAUAAUAAACAUGAUACAUUCUGCACUUCCCACAGUUCAGAGCUGUAUGAUGAUGGUAGAGUGGUAGCGGCAUCGUCAGGGGAGGAUGAUAUUCAACAUGAUUCGUUCAGCACUUCUCCCGAUUCAACGUGGAACGAUAAUGAUGAUGGUAAGUUUGAUUCCGAUAUACCUCUGUUUGUAAACUGGCAUGGCAUUUGAAGGCUACGCUUUAUUAAAAUUAAUGUUAUAAGUAAUUGCUUAAAUUUUAAUAUGUUUCCAAGAAAUAAUAUAUGUGGAUGCAUUUGAUCGCCUAUGCUUCUCUUUAA